AUGUAUCGAAUCUCAUCAACAAUGGUGGCUCAAAUGGCCAUCUAUCAAUCUAUUGGAAAUUUGCCUCCGCUCACGGCUGCAGAUCUGGAAUCGAUACCACACGAGGACUCGUCCCUCUUGGAAAUCAUGCAGGCCUUUGAUCGUCUUGUUUCCCGGAAUCAUCGGUUUGAAAGCGCAGAAAAUUUCAAUCGUGAGGUAGCAAAAGUGAUCCCAAUACCUUACCACCUGCAGUUGGAUUUCUUUCCGGUCUGUGAUCAUUGGGUACGGUCGUCAGGUGAACGCGAGUACCAUGUGGUAUCACAACUGAUCGAAGUCUGCCAAGAAAUGGCUCCCUCGAUGGCCGCCCAUGGUCCUCUCUUUUGGCAACAACUUGAGAGACUUGCUGUUCUUGAAGACCUCAUGCCAUUGUACGAGGCUUACCAACAGCUUUGUGAUUUUUUCCAAAAGGGAGUCCCGUUUGAUCGGUUGUUCGAAUAUUAUAAGCUAGUUUCAAAGAUCAGUAGCUCACUCAAAAGCUUCGGCGACUUUCACGGCAAUACACACUCGAGUAUCUCCAUGCCACGUAGCCAGGCUACCAAUAAGGAUGGAAUGGUAUUGACGGAACAAUUUGAAUUUGAAACGCCCGUGUUAAAACACAAGGCCAACUUGCUGAUGAAUUACGCCGAAGAACUUCAUCAAGCAAGAAGCUUGGGGCUUACACCGGAAUUCCAUCCCAAUAUCCGUGCUGAAAAAGAGCAGAUAGAGAGAAUAGAUAUUUUGUCGGCCAACGAUGGCAUCAAACUUAGCGAUGUAGUCGACCAGCUUGGAUCUGACGUUUUCCGAACGAGUCUGCCAGGGGUAAUCAAACACAAGCUAUCUCAAUUUGCCCAGUUCAUCAAAGAUGAGAUGCAAGAACUAACCGCAUCGACGAACCCUGCUAGUAAGUCGGCUAAAAUGCGAGAAAUACUAAAGGAAUGGGACCCACAUCUAUCGGCUGCCUUGAAGGAGGGUGUGAAGAUCAAUGAGUCACUGCCCGAACAGCUAAUAUAUGCAGUUAAACGUUUUAAAUUGUCUCAGAAACCUACAUACGAAGAAAAGCUGGAGGAAUACAACCGAUUAGUCCGGCUAGCAAUCAUCAAGUGUGAAAACUAUCAUAUUUACCCUUCAACCAUCUUUCGACUCCAUGAAACCCCAAUCGUUUGGCAGGCUAUGUUGAGGACAACUGAGAGAGAAUUCGCAACUGUUGAUAAACUUAAUGCUGAGAUUUUGAUCGAACGUCUGAGUCGUACUCAAAGGAUUGUCACGAACAUACCACUCUUUGACAGAAUUUAUUAUGCUUUGGAUGAAGUCAAUGCUUCAGAGAGAAACACAAUUCUACAAAGCGUCGAGGAACGGAUAAAAAAAUGGAAAACCCCCACAGAAGAAUUCAAAAGAGCGAUGAAAUCCGAAGAAUAUGAAACAUUAACCAGAAUAUUUACUCAGAUACGCAGGUCUUGGAAGACGAAGGCCAGGUACGAAGAUUGGAGGCGAAAGUUGAACCCGACCCUGCCGAGUUUUCCGUCGGAUCUAGUGAAAAUAAUUGCCGACAUGUUUGGUGAUUCUUCGAGACAGUUUUUGAUGAAAAAACUUGAUUCUCGUUGGCACCACUUCUUAGAUUGGAAUGUCAAGCCGUACUUACGAAGAGCUCUGCUAUAUCAAGAGCUUCGAUCUUUGACAGACGGCGGAGAGUUCUUGGCUGAUAUUUUCCUUCGGCUAAUACAAGAGGAGAGUGCUUCCCAAAUGCAGAUAAAAUCACGCACGUAUGGUAUGCUUUAUACUGAAUAG